GUACGAGUGGUAGUGAUAGUAGCGUCACGCUGUUUGCAGUCUAGACAAGACGCACACAGUGGAUAGGAGCGGCGUGCCCGGUGCACGCCUUUAACGUUUCUGACCGCCGAGCGGCUGUGUGUCCUGAGGCCGCUGUAAUAUCCAAAGGUGUGAUACGAGCUGAACGAUAGCCACACCCGACGCCUGAACCUGGUGGACGUGAGCUGGAAUCACGCCGCCCAUUCCUGGUGUUGCAGGGACGGCGUUCGCAAUUCGUACAUGACGCUGAUGAGGUGAGCAGCCGCGAUGGAGGCGAGCGACGCGGUGCCGGCGCCCGCCGCCGGUCCAGGAGGCCACGUGGACGUGGCCGUGGCCGUGGACGCGGAUGCAGACGCGGGCGGCGGCGGCAGCGGGCCGGACUCGAUCUUCUUGCUGGCAGACUCUUCCGGCCUCGACCUCACCGCACUCUCCAAUCCUGACUACAAGGUGGACGGCAGCGACAGCGGCGUGGAGGCGGGCAGCGUGCGCGGCGCCACCCCCGCCGCCUCGUGCGACUCCAGCCUGCUGAGCUGCUGCUCCGACAGCGACGACCCGCCGCCCGCGCCGCCCUCGCCCGGCCGCCGCGCCUCCCCCGCCGCCUCCGCCACCUCCUCCACCGCCACCAGGCCCGCCAGGCUCUUCCGGGGCAAAGGCAGCCCCGGCGGCGGAGCAGGGUCCAGCGGCAGCGGCAGCAGCGGUGACAGCAGAGGCCGCGGCCGCGCGGCGCGCCCCGCUUCGGCCGCCUCCUCCGCCUCCAGCGGCGGCCCGCAGCCCCACCACCAGCGGCCGCGCCCCCAGGCUGCCUCCCGCGCGCGCGCCGCCCCUGCCGCCGGCUCGUCGGGCGCCGCAGCAGCCGCCAGGGGCUCCGGCCGCCGCGGGGGCGCCGCCGCCUCCGCCUCCGCGCGCACCACACCCGUCGCCGCCUUCGGCCGCUGCACGUCCGCCACGCCCAGCCGCAGGGACAAGGCCAACGCCGCCGCCGCCGCCAGACGAAGUGCAACACCAACACCAGCACCUACACCAACAUCUGCGGCUGGAUCUGGCCCGCCAUCGCUGGGUGCGACCAAGGCUGCUGGUGCACCACCUGCUACAUCACCACGAGGCCAACCACCAUCGCUGGUGGGCUCUACUGCUACGUGUACUGCAGAGGCACGUCAUGUGCUUGCCACCUAUGCCACCCUGCCCAGGCGCUCUCGCCGUCGCACACAGUCACCACCUGCAAAGAUCCCAUCAACAGCAUCUGGCCGAGCUCAGUUAGUACGAAGCCUGUCGGCCAGCCGUGAAUCAUCUGCAGGUGGCUCUUCACUUGUGCGAGCUGCCUCGUUACGCCGUCCUCAGUCGCACACCAGCUCCACUCCCAGUCGCUCUCUGCCGCCAUAUCCUCGGCCACGUGUCACACGGCGUGUCUUUUCGGCACCGUCUGGUGUCACUACUGUAGAUGCUGCUGCUCAGACUGAUAGUCUUCCAAAUGCGGAGGAAGUUCGUCAUCUAGAGGCACACAUACGCUUGCUGACAGAGGGACAAGCAAUGCAACAAGCUGAGUCUGAGAGACUGACAAAGCUACUGCAACACGAGCAGUCUCUGCGGGCUUCUCAUGAGGAGGAACUAUCUCGCACACUGAAUAGAGUCCAAGCUUUGCUUGGAACUGAGAGAAUUGAUGUGGACGAAGGAAGUGAUAGCUUACAAGAGCUUGAAAUGAGAGUGCAAACAUCUGAUCAUAUAGUCCUAAGGCAGCAGCGAGAGAUAUCAGAGCUUCAAGCACUAUGCACAACCUUGCAGAGGGAUCUGGACAAGAGCCUGGCAGCACAAAAGAUGUUAUUGCAACAACAACAAGAUCAGGAGGCUGAAUCUAUGGAGCUUCAAGAAUUCCUUCAGGCUGAAAAAUCAACGCUUGCUGAAGCCCUCCGUGAAGCAGAAAAUGAGAUUAGCAGACUGAGUGCAGGCUUGCAACAGUCACAGGAAGAGUGCAAGCACCUAGUAAGAAUCAGUGAGCAGCGCAGGCAGGAGAACAUGGCACUGCAGGCAAGGCUGGGAGGCCUGGGGGCUCGAAGUGAGGAGCUGCUGGUGCAGCAGGGUGCUGCUGUGUCGGGUGCAGCGGUGCAGCUCCUAGGCCUGGGCUCACGUCUGGAAGCUCUCAUUGACCAACUUGUUGCAACGUACAACAUUUCUGAGAAGGAUCUGGAGGAUGUAAUAUUUCAUAAUGAGGCUUACAGCAAAAGUGAAAGCAGUGUAGAGGCAAGCCCUGAACACAGUCGUGGCAAAACUCCACCACAGCCUCCAACUUCAAAUGCACCACAAGCUACAAAUGGGGAGCUGCCGUCCAUUCAGCCACAAUCAUCAUUUGUGGCAGCUGUCAUUGGGGCUAUAAAGAGUGCCACAGGUGGUGGAAUUGCUAAGAGAUUAUCAGUCUGUUCUGAGCCUGGUACCGACACUGAUACGGAGAAUACAGUACAGAAUUCCGUCCAGAUACACAAUCAACACAGCUCAGAAGCUAAUGGUCGCUUAGUCAACAGCCCAUCUCUACAGGACCUUUCCCAGGCCAUUCUGGAACGACAGCAAUCUGAGGGUGACAGCUCUGGACCUAACAAUCGUCUCCCCUCUGCACCAGCUUUGGCUCUUGUUGAUCAGAUUGUAGAAGCUGACAACUUACUGACACGCUUGCUCAAGGUGUUACGUAUUGUGCAGCUGGACAAAGAUUCUGGUUAUACGGAUACCAGUGACAGGUCUGCACUUCUAGAGAGACUGAGACAUCAAGAGGAGCUUACUCGCAACUGGGAAACAACAAGUGAACAGCUGCGUGUGGAACUGCAACGUGCCCACGAGGAUCUUGCAGUUUGCACAAGGCAGCUGGAGAAGGCACAGCAACUCCAGCAAGAGAGUUGGCAGGAGAAACAGCAGCUGCUCCGUCAGUGGCUGACCAGUGCAGCUUCCCGGGAGAUUCCCGACUUGAAACCUGAAAGUCUGACUGGUCUAGCUAUGCAGGAAGUACGUCGACAGUAUGAAGUUAUUGAUGGGGCACUUGAGACAUUGCAGGGCAUCCAAGGUGUAGUGAUGCAAUGUCCAUCAUUGGCUAAACUUCAGCAGGACCUGGAAGAAACUAACUUCCACUGUCUCACUACUCUACCACUAGUUGGUGCUGAUGUCAAUGCUAAUGCAGCUGUUUUAGGAAGCAACAGGAUAGCAUAAAAAGUUAGAGACUGGGGAAACAUGACCUUACUUCUUUUACACUAGCAGAAAUUUUAAAAUUCAGUACUUUUUAAUAAUUUCAAGUGAAUUCUACUGUUUUUCAAGCUACGUGUAGAAAUGUGCUAUAUUUUAUAUUUCUUAUUUUUAGGCUAUGUAGUACCUAUUGAGAAUACUUAAGUAUAUGUAGGGAUACAGAUGUAAGUUUUAAUGAUUUUAGACUGGUUUAAAAAUUAAAAUUCAUUAAUUUGAAUGAAAUAGUUACAAUGUAGCAGAUUGCCACAACUAGUGCAAAUACUGUAACAGUUUAAUGGUUCAAAGUGAAGUGAUAUAAAAACUGUGCCAUGGAAGAAAGCUGCGCGUUGUUUGUGCAUUGUUGAAUAUUUACAUAGGAGUCUAGGCUACAGCUGUCAAAGAGUACAGUCCUAGUUAACAAUGAGAGCAAUUGGUGCUUCUGUACAAUAGAGUUGUAGGUGCUAAGACAGUCCUGGAAGAUUGUUCACUAAAGCUACUUACCCAAUUUUUCUAGUUUCUCUCACAACUGUAUUUAUUUACUAAUACAGUGUAAAUUGUAAGAUGAGAAACAUUUUAUAUAUUUGACCUAUAUUUUUACAUAAACUUUAUUUCAUAUAUCUUAAAAUUUGUCUUUACUUGUAUAUGUGUGCUACACAAGACAGCAGCUCCUGUAAGGUGUCCACCACCUUAUGUCUAACAGUAAACUGCACCAACUGUUUUAUUUUUUGACAUUAACAUACAUACUAUUACACUUAUCUCUUUGUGAUGACAUUCACACUUAAUGCCGAACUUGUCAUUUCACAUACAAAACUGUUUCCAGUCCUAUUUUUGUACAAUAAAUUUGAGCUAAUUUUAUUUAAUAAACUACAGUUUGCUAUGUUUGAUGAAA